GCCAAUGAGUCCAUAAUAACUAAAACGACAGUGACCGUUCCAAACAAUGGAGGUGUUAUUGAAGCCGUGUCAACCAUUGAGGCUGUGCCAUACUAUACACGCAGCCGCAAGACUGCUCAAUUGCAGCCAUGGAGUAGUGACUCUAGUUUGAUGAGACCAAUUGAUGAGAGACAUGAGGCUGACUGCUGUAGAACCCCACAGCAUCAAGGAAUAAGACUUCAUGAAUUUGUCUCUAAAACAGUAAUAAAACCAGAAUCAUGUGUUCCCUGUGGAAAGAGAAUCAAAUUUGGGAAAUUGUCCUUGAAGUGUCGGGACUGCCGAGUUGUGGCCCACCCAGAGUGCCGGGAGCGCUGCCCUCUUCCAUGCAUCCCUACAUCAGGGAACACUCCAGUCCGUAUCGGAGAGGGCACUCUUGCUGACUUUGUUCCAUCAACUUCCCCAAUGAUACCCUCAAUAGUUGUUCACUGUGUCAGUGAAAUUGAGCAGCGGGGACUUCAUGAGACUGGUCUAUACAGAAUUUCUGGCUGUGAUCGUACAGUUAAAGAUUUAAAGGAAAAGUUUCUGAGAGGGAAGAGUGUUCCUUUACUCAGUAAAGUGGAUGACAUUCAUGCAGUGUGUGGUUUUCUCAAAGACUUUCUUCUUCGCAACUUGAAGGAGCCAUUGCUCACUUUCCGUCUCAAUAAACUCUUCAUGAAUGCAGCUGAAAUUUCAGAUGAUGAUAACAGCAUUGCUGCUAUUUAUCAAGCAGUUGAUGAACUUCCUGCAGCCAACAGAGAUACUUUAGCUUUCCUAAUGAUGCAUCUUCAAAGAGUGUCCGACAGUCCAGACUGUAAGAUGGGUGUGAUCAAUCUAUCUAAGGUGUUUGGCCCUACUCUGGUGGGUCAUGCAGUCUCUGAUCCUGACCCUAUGACAAUACUACAAGAUACGAAACGACAACCAAAGGUAGUGGAACGUUUGAUGUCGUUACCAGCAGACUACUGGAACCAGUUCAUGAUGGUGGAAAACAUAGACCCAUCUCACAUAAUUGAAAAUACAAAUAUUUUUUUAGCACUCCUCAGACUCCUGAUGUGA